UUGGAACGCGAGUGUCACGUCGGUUCAUUCGCAGCGAUCGCAUCUCGAGUGUAAUCUCUUCCCCCGCAGAAAACGCGAGCGCGAUGCAGCAACGAAGAGAGCUAUUUAUAUUUUUAGGUUGGGGAAACCUUCAAAAGACAGACCCUCCCACCCCUCCCUCCCCCCGUCGGUCGCGAAUGACCCGAAGUGACACAGUGAUGACCCGCCGGGUUUCGCGACUCGCCGCGGUGUAGUGUGAUUUUUAUUUUUUUUUUUUUUACCCACUAACCCCCAUCGCGAUCGCCCUUCUGUGCAAGGGUGGCGAGGACACCGGGAGUUCUCUUCGUCGAAUACUCGAUAUACUACGUCGGCAACCUUGGAAAUUAUCGGACUCGCCACCGUCUGUUGCUGGCGACACUAGACUAGACCUUCAGCCUCGUUUACAAUCGAAGUGUUUACGAAAGAGUGUCGUGGCGCCGUCCGUCGUGGGAUGAGAAUACACGUGCAAAGUAGUGAGACUUUUACGGAGGUUGGAAUAUUUGCAAAAAUCUCAAUGAAGACACGUCGCAGCGGGCGGGCAAAGAAAGAAAGACUCAAAUCCCAAUCAAAACCGAAAUCAAAAUCGAAAUCAAAACCGAAGGAGAUUAAAACUUCCAAAAAACAGACGACGAAGAUUCUCAAGGCAUACCGUGACACUUAUAGCAUGUUCAGUUGCAAGGACACCGCUGUAAAUUUGGUAGAUGAUGCCUGUGGUAAUGAUAUUCAGAUCGUUCCUUCGACGAGCGAGCCAGCCUAUUCUCCCAUAGAGAGACCAGCCACACAGGCCAGUCUUAAACGUAAAAAGAAACCCUGCGACAAUCAAGGGAGUGUUAACGAAACUUCUGACAAUUCAUAUUUCAUGAAUGAUUCCACGGAAUGGGACAGUCCCGAGCAGCAGAUAAACGAAACAAUUAACAAUAAUUGGAAGGUAAAUGAUUCAGAGGAUGAGGUGCAAGGAGAUUCGGAUGACGAUUCGACUCAAGUUGCUCCUAAGGAGAAAAGGAAUUUAGGCUCGCCCCUUGUGAUCGACAUGCUCAUGGACGGUGUCACUUCGAUAGAUCUGCCGCAGAUAUUUGAACACGAACAAGGGACAAGAUUGGGCAAGGAAACGACUUGCGACGACGCCUUCGAGUUAAAUGCAUUGUUCAAUAAGGAUAUCGAGUUCAUAAAUUCCAAGUACAACACUCACAUACAAGUUACGCGUCUGAAGCAGGCGUCACUUGUGCCAUCGAAUUCGACUAAAAAUGAUGCGAGCGAAGAGGCUAGUGACGACAGAUUGAAAGACAUUAGUGCCGAUAAUAGCAGUCCUACCAGAAGUCCUACGUCCAGAGAACUCGCAGGCGGAAGCCCCAGAAAAUCGGUAGAUCGUGAUAGCGAACCAGGAGCACAAAGUCUCAGGCACAAACACGUUGGCUCGCGUCGACGUGGGUGUAAGCGGAAAUCGCCAAAGUUUUACUGCAUAAGGAACAUCGUCAUCGUCAUAAUGGAAAGUGGCGGUAGAUUCUGCUUCACCGGCAAGCUGUUGGUGAAAGUGCUGUACGGCGCUGCGAAAAUUUACGGUUCCGUGCUGGACAAGUCGACCGGCGCCACGGAGGUGUACUCGCCGCGUGGCUACAGUAACGUCGUCAUAGAGACGGGCGAGGAGUUCCCGGAGGGUAGCGUCGACGACGUAUGGACGGCGCUCGGCACUGAGAGUGUCACGCGAGACUCGGAGAGCCAACUGCGGGACGACGUCGACAGCGUCCGGCCGGGCGCGGCCGUCCUCGUGCUGCAGGACUUCGAGAACAAUCUGACGCUCUUUCUGAAGACCCACUUCCGGCACUUCAGACUGUUCCCGAGCGUGAAGAAUCCCUCCUACUUCGCGUGGACGGACCGCAAGCGGGCCGAGAUAGUGCUGCAGGCGAAUCUGCAUGUCGAGCAGCUGCCCGACGAUUUCAAAUGCCGACGGCUGAUCACCGAUCCCUGCAUCACCGCGGACAUCGCGGGGCGGAUGCUGAGUCGCUGGCGCGCGAACGAGUGGUCCUGCACGCUGAUCGCCGGCGGCAAGGACGUCGGCAAGUCCACCAGCGCGCGAUGCCUGAUCAACAGCCUGUUGCGCACGUCCGGGAAGGCGGUGCUGGUGGACGUGGAUCCCGGACAGGCGGAGUGCACGCCGCCCGGCUGCCUCUCGUACACCCUGAUCGAGGAGCCGCUGAUGGGGCCGAAUUUCACACAUCUGAGGCCACCGGUUUACCAGCUGUUCAUCGACGACGUGAACGUCAGCCGUUGCGUCACGCGUUACCUGGAGGGCGUGAAGAUGUUGAUCGAGAAACUGAGGGAGUGCCCCGUCCUGUCUCGCUUGCCUAUCGUAGUGAACACGAUGGGUUUCGCGCGCAGCAUCGGUUGGGACAUCGCGAUCUCCACGAUAAAACUGAUCAGGCCGACGAUCGUCCUGCAGAUUAUGUCGUCGAAGAGGAAGAACAACUACGUCGACGUUCUCAGCGCGGUAGUUGUAAAUAACCAGGAAUGCUCGUGGACGUUCUGCGACGAGAGCUUUAUCAAUUGGGACAGACCGUGCGAGCACGAUUUGUGCGUAAUCUACUCCCAGGCGGAGGCCGCCGUCGCGCGGAGGAGCCAGUGGAACAUGGAGCCGUAUCAGCAACGUGAGCUCGUGAUGAUGUCUUAUCUGAGCGGCAUCGUCGAUGACAAAAAUGAUUCCCUCCAGUACAACACAGGACUUUCACUUAGCAUUAACGAAGCGGUGCCGUUUACGGCGCCCUUCUCCUCCCUGUGCAUUAUACCCCAACGAUUAUUCGGAGUACCCGCGUCACGUGCUUUAAGUGUCAUAAACGGUAACAUCGUAGCGCUAUGCGGUGUAGAUUUAACGGGGGAGUCUUCGGAAACGUCCAAAGACAUCUCCAGUCUUCGAGUACUGACGCAGAGAUCUCCCUUGUGCACAUGCUACGGAUUCGGAAUAAUUCGAGGUGUCGACAUGGAACGACAGGAAGUGUACAUAAAUACUCCGUUGCCGAUAUCGAUCAUGCAGCACGUUAACUGCUUGGCGGGCUGUAUUCCGGUUCCUCCGUCAUUGUUGCAAUUGCAUCAAGGCGCUCCGUACGUUGGUGAAGAUGCAGCAUUACCAACGAGUCGCAAACCCCGCAGAGGAUACUUCCGAAUGAGAUACCAAAAUAAGCCGAGUAAAUCAUAAUGAAUCUUAUUAUAUACGCCAUGUGUGGUACAAUUUUUUAUAAAUAAUAAUUACCUCUCAAACACUCGGAAGAGCAUUUAACAAAUGUAUCAUACUUGCAGAGGUAAUUUAUGUUACAUGAUUAAUAAUUAUAUUAUUCCAUUUUAAA